AUGCGUAACGGUUCAGGAUUGUUCUGGCAAAUCGCCAAGAACGCUUGGACCAGGCUGCCUCCGUCUUCAUGCAGAGAUGCGCAGAACGGUCAUGCGUCAGCGUCGAUUCGCCUGGCCUGCGAAUUGUCGACGAAGGAGCUGGACCGAGCGACACGAACAGUACGGAUGUCACUGCAACGACCCUCCACCGAGGUAGUGCAUCCUGCGCGAAAAAACGGCUUCAUUUGUAGUCAGGCCACAUUCGCUGAUGAACUCGAGGCGCUACGUAAGAUUUCAUGGGCGUCAACGUCGUCGUCAACAAGAUCAGCUGAGGAAAUUCUCCGAAAACAUUCAAUGGAUCCGGAUGAGUAUCUUCGCAAAGCAUCAUGCAUAUCGGACUGUUACUACGAUCUUCCGAUCGAUACGAGGCCUAAAAUGAGCGAUGCCUCGCACAUCAACAUUGGUCGAGAAUAUCAGGCUCGCGUACGAAAAUGGAACGAUCGAAAGAUUCAUGAGUCAGAGCUCGAAGCCAUUGAGGAUCGUGACGAGAUGGUGUUUUCACCGGACGUGCUGCGCGAUAUCGAAAAAGACCAGAUUGAAGCGUUCGAGCUGUUGGCAUGCAGCCAAGCAAUACCGAGACCUGGCAAAAAUAAGGAAUUAGCGUUGCACUUGCUGAUGGAGAAUAAGGGCAAUAUUGAAGCAGCUGUUGCGGAUUUGUUGCGCUCUGAUACCUUGGACUGGGAACAGUAUCAGGUGAUCUACGGCUCAAAUUAUGUGGACUCGGCCGGCUGGACCCCUGAGGAAGUGAAUGCGUUCCAAGAUGCCAUCUACAAAACCGAAAAAGAUUUUCAUCAAGUUGCGCAAGAGGUAAGGCAGCAUACU